UGAUAUGACAAGGACUUCCACAAGCGCAGAGUCGGAGACCCAAAGUCUUUCCACGUCCUCCUGUUAAAAAUCUUGCAUAUUCCAGAAUCCAAUCUCCACCUCUCCAAACAGCCCCAUAUACAGCCAUAUAUUCAUUGUUGCCGCCGCUCAGCUUUUUUCUCCGCAGCCCCACAUACAGACAUAUAUUCAUUGUUGCCUCCGCUCAGCUUUUUUCUCCUCCUCCCGUGACUCAUUCUCAGCUCUUCCUCUCAUCUCUCCGAUUUCGUUUCUCGCAAGUCGGCGCGUUUCUUGCGGUCUCCGAGCAGUGAAGUUGAGAUUCGGAAGCGUUCCUGAAUCUGCAGCUUUAGAGAGAGAGAAAGUUUGUUUUAGCGAGAGAAAGAUGGUGGUGUUAGGGGGAGGUGUUGGUAAAAAGAUAGCGGUUGGUGUAUGUGUAAUGGAAAAGAAGGUGAAAUGUGGAUCCGAGGUGUUUUCGGCUCCCAUGGGGCAGAUUCUUGAGAGACUCCAAGCAUUUGGUGAAUUUGAGAUCAUAAUUUUCGGCGACAAGGUUAUUCUUGAAGAUCCUGUAGAGAGCUGGCCAAUAUGUGAUUGCUUGGUUGCCUUCUAUUCAUCUGGCUACCCUCUUGAAAAGGCUGAAGCUUAUGCUGCUUUGAGAAAGCCUUUUCUUGUCAAUGAAUUGGAACAGCAACACCUUCUUCAUGAUCGAAGGAAAGUAUAUGAGUGUCUUGAAAUGUAUGGUAUUCCCAUUCCAAGAUACGCCCUUGUCAAUAGGGAAGUACCAUGUCAAGAGCUGGAUUAUUUUGUUGAGGAAGAAGAUUUUGUUGAGGUUCAUGGAAACCGUUUCUGGAAGCCAUUUGUGGAGAAGCCUGUUGAUGGGGAUGAUCAUAGUAUAAUGAUAUAUUACCCUAGCUCAGCAGGUGGGGGUAUGAAGGAAUUGUUUAGGAAGGUUGGUAACCGCUCAAGUGAGUUCCAUCCAGAGGUUAGAAGAGUGAGGCGUGAAGGCUCUUAUAUAUAUGAGGAAUUUAUGCCAACUGGAGGAACAGAUGUCAAGGUGUAUACAGUUGGCCCUGAAUAUGCACAUGCUGAGGCAAGGAAGUCUCCUGUUGUUGAUGGCGUUGUUAUGAGAAACCCCGAUGGGAAAGAAGUAAGGUAUCCUGUAUUGCUGACUCCUACUGAGAAGCAAAUGGCAAGGGAUGUUUGCCUUGCCUUUAGGCAAGCGGUUUGUGGGUUUGAUCUCUUGCGUUGUGAGGGACGCUCAUAUGUCUGUGAUGUGAAUGGAUGGAGUUUUGUGAAGAACUCUCACAAGUAUUAUGAUGAUGCUGCUUGUGUGUUGAGGAAGAUGUUUAUAGACGCGAAGGCCCCUCAUCUUUCUUCAACAAUUCCACCAACUUUACCUUGGAAGGUCAAUGAACCCCUCCAGCCUUCGGAAGGAUUAACACGUCAGGGGAGUGGGAUCAUUGGCACAUUUGGACAGUCUGAGGAGCUAAGAUGCGUUAUUACUAUUAUUCGUCAUGGUGAUAGGACUCCCAAACAGAAGGUGAAAUUGAAAGUCACAGAGGAGAAGCUAUUGAAUUUGAUGUUAAAAUACAAUGGGGGGAGGCCUAGAUCUGAGACAAAACUCAAGAGUGCUAUCCAGUUGCAAGAUUUGUUGGAUGCCACACGGAUGCUUGUACCACGCACAAGACCUGGUCGAGAAAGUGACAGUGAAGCAGAAGAUCUUGAGCAUGCUGAAAAACUUCGUCAAGUUAAAGCAGUCCUUGAAGAGGGGGGACAUUUCUCUGGUAUUUAUCGGAAGGUUCAACUAAAGCCACUAAAGUGGGUUAAAGUUCCAAAAAGUAAUGGUGAAGGUGAAGAAGAACGGCCUGUUGAAGCUCUUAUGGUUCUUAAAUAUGGUGGUGUUCUUACACAUGCUGGCAGAAAGCAGGCAGAAGAACUAGGUAGAUAUUUUCGAAACAAUAUGUACCCAGGUGAAGGCACUGGCCUGCUUCGCCUUCAUAGUACUUAUCGUCAUGAUCUAAAAAUUUACAGCUCAGAUGAGGGUCGUGUACAGAUGUCAGCGGCAGCAUUUGCUAAAGGCCUUCUUGAUUUGGAAGGGCAAUUAACGCCAAUCCUGGUUUCCCUUGUUAGCAAGGACUCAUCUAUGUUGGAUGGACUUGACAAUGCCAGUAUUGAGAUGGAAGAAGCUAAGGCUCGGUUGAAUGAGAUUAUAACAUCUGGUGCAAAGAAUCAUACCAAUGGAUCAUCUGAUGUUCCUUGGAUGACUGAUGGUGGUGGACUGCCUUCUAAUGCUUCAGAACUUCUACCAAAAUUGGUAAAAUUGACUAAGAAGGUCACUGAACAAGUAAGACUACUAGCUAAGGAUGAAGAUGAGAAUCUUUCAGUGACAAGUUCGUAUGAUGUGAUUCCUCCAUAUGACGAAGCAAAGGCACUUGGUAAGACCAAUAUUGAUGUAGACCGUAUUGCUGCUGGAUUACCAUGUGGUAGUGAGGGAUUCCUUUUGAUGUUUGCUCGCUGGAGAAAACUUGAGAGAGACUUAUACAAUGAACGCAAAGAUCGAUUUGAUAUAACACAAAUUCCAGAUGUUUAUGACUCUUGCAAAUAUGAUCUCUUGCACAAUGCACAUCUUAAUCUAGAAGAUCUGGAUGAGCUUUUCAAAGUUGCUCAGUUACUUGCAGAUGGUGUCAUCCCAAAUGAGUACGGCAUUAACCCAAAGCAGAAGUUGAAGAUUGGAUCAAAGAUUGCACGUCGUUUGUUGGGUAAAAUUUUAAUUGAUCUGAGGAACACUCGUGAAGAAGCUAUCAGUGUUGCUGAAUUAAAGAGUAAUCAAGACCAAGAUUCAGUGUCUGCUAAAUCUGGAAAGGAAGAUGCAGAUUACCAUUCAAAGCCUCACAAUAAGAAUGAAGACACAAGAAGAUCUAGUACCACAAGUGAAAAGUCAAUGGAUCAAGAUGACGAUGAUGACAAAGAGCCCCAAUACCGUUUGGAUCCCAAGUAUGCAAAUGUGAAGACACCAGAACGCCAUGUGCGCACACGCCUCUAUUUUACAUCAGAAUCACACAUCCAUUCCCUAAUGAAUGUUCUCCGCUACUGUAACUUGGAUGAUUCUCUUCUUGGUGAGGAUAGCCUUGUUUGCGAUAAUGCUUUGGAGCGAUUGUAUAGAACUAAGGAGCUUGACUAUAUGAGUUAUCUCGUGUUGAGGAUGUUUGAGAACACAGAGGUAGCUCUGGAAGACCCGAAAAGAUUCCGCAUAGAGAUGACUUUUAGUCGUGGUGCAGAUCUAUCCCCCUUAGAGAAGAACGAUAGUGAGGCUAACUCAUUGCAUCAGGAACACACGCUGCCAAUCAAUGGCCCAGAAAGGCUGCAAGAAGUUGGAUCAUAUCUCACGUUAGAGAAGAUGGAGAAGAUGGUUCGCCCAUUUGCCAUGCCAGCUGAAGAUUUUCCUCCACCAUCAACACCCCAAGGGUUCUCAGGCUACUUCUCCAAAAGUGCAUCAGUGCUGGAGCGCCUGGUAAAUCUUUGGCCUUUUCACAAGCAUGCAAAUGCUAAUGGGAAGUAGUAACCACCUUCGCUUCCCUUUUCUCACAGCCCAUUUGUUUUCACAUUCUUUGGUUGUUCCAUAGAUCAUCUUAUCAUAUAUGCAACUACUGGUAGCUAGAAUUACACUGGCAAUGUAUAAAAUCUGCUGUCCUUAAGGAAAUUUCUACUCCGAAAAAUCUCAACCAAAAAAAAGGUUGUUGCAUAGAGUCAUAUUAGUUGAAAAUGAGCUUGACCUCGCGUAUGUUCUUUUUGUAACAUUCAUGUUCAUAAAAAUGUGAAUAACAAUGCUCUUUUAGUGUAA